AUUGCGAAAUUUAGUUUCAUCGUGGUUUGCUAUUAAUUUAUUAGUCUUGCGGUGAUACUCGUUUAUUUGUUCUAAUUUUUCUAUACUUCCAAAAUGAGUAAAAUUUUAAAUAAGAAAAAUUUAAAAAUUAUUAAAAAACCUUAAGAGUUAUAAAGACGAAAAAUGCACAAUAAAAAAUUACUAUCGUGAAGAUUUAGAAGGCGAGUUUUCGGUCUAACUUUUCCAGUCGUCUAAAUUAACCUUUGUUCCCAGUUUAUGUAAUUAAUUUAUCUACGUUCCUAUAACAGUUAUAGUUAUCUCCUGCAUAGUUUGUCAAGAAUGAUUUAUGAUCAUAACGACUUCAUAAUGCUCUCAAACCCAGCCUAAAAAUAUACUCUGUUUUUUUCUGGAUUCAGAAGAUUUUGAAUUUUAAUUGUGUUGAAAAUUAUUACAUAUCAUUAGGAAAUUAAAGAUUUUUAUUCGUUACUUUCAAAAUUCCUUUUUUUUUUUAAUUGUUCAAUAAUAUAAAAUAUAUUUUUAACUGACUUUUUAAAAUUUCCAUAAAACAAAAUUAAAAAAAAAAGUGACUUAGUGAAGGUUUCCAAUAAAUCAAUAAAAAUUAAAACCAGUUGGCAGACAUGGAUUUUAGAGAAUAUCGUAGACGUGGCAAACAAAUGGUCGACUACAUAGCCGACUACUUGGAGAACAUCCGUGACCGACGAGUUUAUCCUGACGUCAAACCGGGCUACAUGCGGAAUCUUCUGCCCGAAUCAGCUCCCAUCGAUGGUGAGAACUGGGAUGCGAUAUUCAAUGACGUCGAAAGAGUUAUCAUGCCUGGAGUUACGCACUGGCAAAGUCCCCAUAUGCAUGCAUACUUUCCGGCGUUAAAUUCGUUUCCAUCCCUGUUGGGCGAUAUGUUGGCCGAUGCCAUCAACUGUCUGGGCUUCACAUGGGCCAGUUCGCCGGCUUGCACAGAGCUUGAGAUAAUCGUUAUGAAUUGGCUGGGCAAGAUGAUUGGACUUCCCGAUGACUUCUUGCAUUUAAACAACAACAGCAAAGGUGGAGGGGUCAUUCAGACAACUGCGAGUGAAUCGACUUUGGUUUGCCUGUUAGCCGGAAGGACGAGAGCUAUCCAGAGCUUCCAUGAACGCAGUCCCGGCUCGCAGGAUGCCGAAAUUAAUGCCCGACUUGUUGCCUAUUGCUCGGACCAAUCCCAUUCGAGUGUGGAGAAGGCAGCUCUAAUUGGAUUAGUCCGGAUGAGGUACAUUGAGUCGGAUGAGAAUCUCUCGAUGCGGGGUGGUCCUUUGCGUGAGGCAAUUGAAGAUGACAUCAGAGAGGGGUUGAUUCCGUUUUGGGUUUGUGCUACAUUGGGAACAACAGGGACAUGCGCCUUUGACAAUCUGGAUGAGGUUGGACUUGUCUGUCGGGAUUACAACUUGUGGCUUCAUUUGGAUGCUGCUUAUGCUGGGAGUGCAUUUAUAUGCCCGGAAUAUCGCUCCUGGCUAAGAGGAGUCGAGAGAGCUGAUUCCAUUGCAUUCAAUCCUUCCAAAUGGUUGAUGGUGCAUUUUGAUUGUACUGCUUUGUGGGUCAAAGACAGUACAGCAGUUCAUAGAACAUUCAAUGUUGAACCUCUUUAUCUGCAACACGAGAACUCGGGCCUAGCUAUUGACUACAUGCAUUGGCAGAUCCCCUUGAGCAAACGCUUCCGAUCUCUUAAGCUUUGGUUUGUCUUGAGGUCAUUCGGAAUCAAAGGUCUACAAAAACACAUCAGAGAGGGUGUACGUCUGGCUCAGAAAUUCGAAGCCCUUGUUGGUGCUGAUCAUCGUUUUGAAAUUCCCGCUAAGAGACAUUUAGGAAUGGUAGUCUUUCGUAUCAAGGGAGAGAAUGAAAUCACCGAAAGACUCCUAAAACGUCUCAACCAUCGAGGUAAUCUACAUUGUGUCCCAGCUUCAAUCAAAGGAAAAUAUGUCAUUCGAUUUACCGUCACCUCAAGCCGCACCACAUUGGAUGACAUUUUAAAUGAUUGGUCUGAGAUUCGUCUUGUUGCUGGAUUUGUUUUGGAUGAAAUGAAAAUUGAUAUUGCUGCAACAGAUCGAUCAACUAAGGUUUCACUCAAAGAAACCAAGGAAAAAAGUGAAGCUUUUGGAUCAAGUCUACUCCUAGCAAAUUCACCAAUGUCUCCAAAGAUUGUCAAUGGAUCAUUUGCUGCUCUCUUUGAUGCUGAUGAUUUUUUGGCCAAAACUUAUGCUGGCAUAAGAAUUGCGCACCAAGAAUCCCCAUCUAUGAGACGUAGAGUACGUGGUAUUUUAAUGUCUGGAAAACAAUUCUCUUUGGACUCCCAUAUGGAUAUAGUCGUACAAACAUGCUUGGAUUCAUCUACAACAUCGUCAACCACUACAACUUCCAGUAAAACCCCAAACCCUAUAAACGAGGACAACGAAGACGGUUGGGAAGCUUAUGAGUCGUUGGGUACACCACCCAGAACUCCACCACCUAUGAUUUCACCGCUUAUCAUGACACCCAGCAACAGUUACAACAAAAUCUACUACUCAACGGCUACGGCUCAUCCAAUGAAUACGACUACAUUAACGACGCAAACAUCGCAUCCUCUGAUAACACUGUCGCCGGUCGGGCAGUGCGAUGUGGUUCGAACCCCGACUAAGAAACCACCCAAUACUCUAACCCUUCCCACAAGAAACAGCUACAUUAUCGAUAAUACAGUUUUUAUGCAUAAUUUGGAGACUUCGAUGUCGUUUACUCGUUGUUAUGGCAUCUCCCCCGAUUCGACCAGUCAUCGAUGUGCUUUGGUCAUGGCAUCGGCGACUCCAUCGCCUCUCAUCACCCCCAGCCAUAAUCGCAUGUUCUUUCAGAAAUCAUCAAAAUCUAGCAGUAGCAGCAGUGGCAGUUUGCCCAGUCCCCCUGGAGUCUGUCGUACUAAUGGCGGUUCGAAAAGGAAGAGUGUUUACCUAUACAGUUCGGAUGGCAGGCAGAAUUCGGUGAGGACGCAGUUCAAGCAGCAGGAAGAGAUUGUGUAUCAUGGUAAACGGUAUUUGGAUCCUGUGACAGAGCCAAACCCUGAAGAUUGUGCAUUUGUCAACGAUGGCUUUCGGGGUAUUUCGAUGGCCACUCAACACCACUAUCGUUCGAAUGACUUUGGUUGCACCAUGCUUCCGGGCAUAUCUGAAGCCGAAAGUCCGGGUGCGGUGGACUGGGAAGCGGUACGGUCGAAUUUUCGAGGAGAUAGAGCUAGAAUUCGUCGGGGUAGUAGUUUUCCUAAAUUUCGUCUUCGAAUCAACGAUGAACAUGGAAAUCGUAUUAAAAGUUCAUUUGAAACGUCACCAACGCCAUCGGAUGGCGGCACGCCAAUGACACCGGAAAAGAUUGUCGAGACCACACUGACCAAAUGGUUCUCGACUGACAGAGGUAGUGAGGAUAAAUCAGAAGAAGAUACAAUUGUGUCUAAGGACGGCUGGUCAAUUGAAUCUCCUGAUGAUGACAACAAAGAAAAUAAAGAAGAAAAAGGUGAUGAUGGAAAAGUGUGCCGCAAGUGUGGACAUAGUUCAUCAAAUGAACAAGAUAACGAAUCCUCUUCAUCUUCCUCUUGAUAUCUACUUAUUUAAGUUUCAAUUUAAUAUAAAUGUUGUAUUAGGAUAAGAAAUUUAUCUUUAAUCCACUUUGAAGGCCAAGUCCCUUUGUUGGAAUGGACUACUUUUCGACUGGAUUAUUUGUUAUAGCUUUUGUUCAACUUAAGUUUAUCAAAUUCAAAGCUAAAAAUUUAAAUAUUUUUAUAAAUGUUAGAGUGAUGUAAAUUUUAUUUUAGAUCUUAAGGGAAGAAGAUGUAUAAAAUUGUAUUUUCAAAACUGCUGUGCUAUCAAUAACUGGUGGAUAAAUAAUAAUAACAUAAAUAUCUUUCAUUUAAGUAAAAAAAUUAAAUUUUAAGAUAAAUAACUUUAAACUGUGUUAACAUUCGAAAAGAAAACUGCAUAAUAUAUUUGAUGGAUAAACUGUAGCUAUUCUAAUUUUAAAACAAAUAAAUACUGGUAACUAUUAUUUACUGUGUGAUUUCAAAAAUU